AUGCUGACCACAACGACAGUCGACGCUGACCACAACGCAACCCUAACAUGGACAGUUGAUGCUGACCACAACGCAACCCUAACAUGGACAGUUGAUGCUGACCACAACGCAACCCUAACAUGGACAGUUGAUGCUGACCACAACGCAACCCUAACAUGGACAGUUGAUGCUGACCACAACGCAACCCUAACAUGGACAGUUGAUGCUGACCACAACGCAACCCUAACAUGGACAGUUGAUGCUGACCACAACGCAACCCUAACAUGGACAGUUGAUGCUGACCACAACGCAACCCUAACAUGGACAGUUGAUGCUGACCACAACGCAACCCUAACAUGGACAGUUGAUGCUGACCACAACGCAACCCUAACAUGGACAGUUGAUGCUGACCACAACGCAACCCUAACAUGGACAGUUGAUGCUGACCACAACGCAACCCUAACAUGGACAGUUGAUGCUGACCACAACGCAACCCUAACAUGGACAGUUGAUGCUGACCACAACGCAACCCUAACAUGGACAGUUGAUGCUGACCACAACGCAACCCUAACAUGGACAGUUGAUGCUGACCACAACGCAACCCUAACAUGGACAGUUGAUGCUGACCACAACGCAACCCUAACAUGGACAGUUGAUGCUGACCACAACGCAACCCUAACAUGGACAGUUGAUGCUGACCACAACGCAACCCUAACAUGGACAGUUGAUGCUGACCACAACGCAUCCCUAACAUGGACAGUUGAUGCUGACCACAACGCAACCCUAACAUGGACAGUUGAUGCUGACCACAACGCAACCCUAACAUGGACAGUUGAUGCUGACCACAACGCAACCCUAACAUGGACAGUUGAUGCUGACCACAACGCAACCCUAACAUGGACAGUUGAUGCUGACCACAACGCAUCCCUAACAUGGACAGUUGAUGCUGACCACAACGCAACCCUAACAUGGACAGUUGACGACCCCAAUGCUUUCCUUUUUGUAGAAAUAAUUGAACUGGUAAAGAAGUAUUUGUAUAAAAUCAAUAUUUCUGGGACUACAGAAAGGGAAAAAAGUAUUUGAUCACCUGCUGAUUUUCUACAUUUGCCCACUGACAAAGAAAUGAUCAGUCUAUAAUUUUAAUGGAGGGUUUAUUUGAACAGUGAGAGACAGAAUA